CUGCGAGGCUGGAGAUGAGAGUAGGGAGGCACCGGGGCAAUAGAUCCAUGGGAGAAUGAGUCGCUAGGGGAGCAGUGUUUUGUACAUGGGAGGGGUAUAGCUGAUUAAUGUCAAAUCGUUAUGAUCAAAGCCUCUAAUGAGAAGCUCCGGCUGCCAGUUUCUCACUUCCUUGUAUUGGGCUCUGUAUUCCGCCUCUGCCCAAUGAGGAGAUCAUUCCCGAGUGCCAGCCUGCAGAUACCCAGUAAGGACUGAUAUGCCAUGUUCUAUGUAAGGAGACAUUUCUUCUGUUGGUGUACCGUCGGCAUAACAUGCCUUCUUCUGUCCUUCAACUUUUAUUGGUCAAAGAAGUUUCAUUUGGGAGUUGCCUGGAGAAACAUCGAGUCUUGCAGCGUCAAGUUGCCUCAAGACACAAUCACACCACUGAAGGGCACCAAAGCCUAUGUCAUCGCCCCAUACUAUGACAACCGAGAGAAGGACAUCAUACGGAUCUUGGGGAUUGUCCACCAUCAAGAGGUGGAAGAACUUUACUGCUACUUCUGUUGUACAUCCGACACUGUUCUGUACACAGUCAAAGCAGUCAUAAAUAUCCACUCGGACCGGUUUGACUUCCCCUAUGGUUUAGCCGAUAUCAUCUGUUCAGAACCACCAAGCUGCACGCCGACACACGUCUCAGUUCACUGGUCUCCAUACGAACCACACGACAGUCUUACCACCUUCAAAAUUCUUAACAGAAACCCAGGCAGACCAACAGCCAACUUCACCGUCUGUUUCUCCGCCAUGUUUGGGAAUUACAACAACGUCCUGCAGUUCAUCCAGACCAUUGAAAUGUAUAAGAUACUGGGCGCCCAAAAUGUCAUGGUCUACCUAAACAACUGCAGCCGAAAAAUGGAGAAGGUCCUUCAGUACUACACCGAGGAAGGGACGGUGGAGGUGAUCCCCUGGCACAUUCAGCGAUAUCUGAAGGUCUCUGAUAACUGGCAAUAUCCCAACGAUGGCACGGAAAUUGGUUAUUACGGGCAGAUAUCGGCACUAAAUGACUGUAUUUACAGAAACAUGUACUCUAGCAAGUUUGUUGUACUCAACGACCAGGAUGAAAUAAUUCUGCCUUUCAAGCACCGGACUUGGGACACCAUGAUGGAAAGUCUUCAACGAAAAAACCCCAAAGUGGGAAUCUUUCAAUUUGAAAACCAUAUUUUCCCCCAAACUGUGGUUUCCAAUGGAAAUUUUACCAACACAUCUUCAUGGAACAGGGUCCCGGGGUCCAACCUACUGCAAUAUAUACACCGGGAACCAGACAGACUUUCGUACUACAAUGCCCGGAAAAUGAUAUUGGAUCCGAGGGCAGUGAUCCAAACGUCUGUUCACUCUACCCUGAAACAGUACAAAAGAUCUAUGUAUGUCCCUCUACACACCGCCCUGGUUUAUCACUGUAGAGACCCCCUGCAGCACAAUUUACCUAGGGCGUCUUUAAUUAAAGAUAGAACUAUAUGGAGGUAUAACGUUUCCUUAAUUAGGAACGUUAACCAGGCGUUGCUGAAGUUUAAACUGAUUGGAUAAUAAACAUGUAUGUUAUUUAAUGAAGGAGAGUAUGAACUGUGCCUGCUUAUGAGGUUGAUGAUAAAAGAAUUAACAACGCGUUUCGCACUUGCCUAGUAUGCCUAACUGUGUGCUCUGUUUUUAAGGCAAUUGUACGUGGGGCAAUUUGGUUGCCCUGGCAUUUUGCAGCAUGUUGGGCAGGCGACUUAACGCUCAAAAGAGUCCUGGCUAUGAACUGACAGUGACCCGACCUGUGGCGAAAGGGCACCAGGGGCUUUUGGGCGAUUCCCAUUCAAACGAAUGGAAGGGAGGGACUGAUUGCCGUCCACCAAGUUGCAAAGCACUCGGAAUAGUACCAUGUACUUUAACCCUUAAGGAAUUCACGUGGGGUUCUUCCUUGCAGCUUGCAUCCUAUGACUAUUGUAGUUCACCAGUGACCCAUCGCAUUUCAUGCUCGCAUUUUAUGGUUGCUCUGUUCUGUUCUCAGCAACUGCUUCAGGCAGAGAAAUGCUCAAAAACUUCACACAUUCAUCUGCCGUUAUAAUGAAUUUGAGACGACAUCGCCACCGGCUGGUCAUUUUAGCCAACUGACUACGGCUGGCUGAAAAUACAUUUCCCGGGAAAAGGAAAGUCGGGUUCCUUUUUCAGCCGACUGAACUGCUAAUAAAAUUGUUACU